AUGGUAAAUCCGAUAUGCAGCAAUUGCGAUCGUCCCCUUAUUCCCGACCACAUUUUGUUUGAGGAGCAUCAGAUUAGAAUCGAAAACACCCGUUUAAAAGAUGAGUUAUAUCGUAUAAGUGCCUUAACAAACAACUUCCUUGGUCUGGAACUUGGUAUUGGAAGGAAUGCAUAUGGUGGUGGUGGUCCGAGCUCUCUUGGCUCUUCUUUACCAAUGGAAAGGAUUGGAAAUAGUAAUGACAUUCAGUUUGAGAGAUCGAUGCUUAUAGAUCUUGCAUUAGCUGCUAUGGAUGAACUAUUAAAGAUGGCUCAGGAAGAUAGUCCUAUUUGGAUUAAAGGUUUGAAUGGAGAGAGGGACAUUUUGAAUCAAGAAGAGUAUGCAAAUAUUUCUUCUUGCAUUGGUGCGAAACCUCCUGGUUUUGCUGCUGAAGCUACGAGAGAAACCGACAUCAUAUUAAUCAACAGUUCGUCCCUUAUGGAUCAUUGA